AUGUCCACCAAGCAGUUCUACCUCCUUGGCGAGGCCGCCUCGACGGCCAGAGACAUCGAGAUUGACGACUCUGCAGACUUUGAGGAGCUGCAGAGCAUAGUGGCCUCGCACUUUGCCAUAGUGGACCCGAGAUGCGUCGGCUUCAUCCACAAUGACCGUAGACUUACGGCCUUGUCUGACGUGCUCAACGCAGAAGACGAGCCCAUAGCCGUCUCCAUUUCCGGCAGGGCGGUUCGCGACGUGCCCGGCCCGUCGGGCAUCCCCUACUUUGGCAACUACCUCGAGAUCUACCCCGACCACCUGGGCAACCACCAGCGGCUGUUCGAAAAGUACGGCCCCCUGUUCGUCACCAACAACAUGGGCAGCCGCGUCUACCAGACCAACGACCCGCAGCUGUCGCAAAUCUUCUUCGCCGAGGACGACUACUUCACCAAGCGCAUCGUCCCCGGCCACCCGCUGCACCCCAUCAAGUCCACCGAGGCGGGCGUCUUCCUCGGCGACACCGACACCGACGAGUGGCGCCAGGCACACAAGUUCCUGCCCCCCGCGCUGGGCCCCAAGGCGGUGCGCCACUACGCGCCCACGAUGCAGAAGACGGUCGAGCAGGCCUUUGCCGUCUUUGACGAGCUCGACGAGCGCGAGGAGGCCUUCAACGUGUAUCAGUACAUGCUCAAGCUCGGCGCCCAGGCCGUCGGCAAGCUCGUCCUCGGCAUGGACUUUGAGCAUUUCAGCGGCGUCGACGCUCCGCUGCAUGAGAUGGUCCUCAAGAUUGCGCAGAACCUCGAGCUCAACAAGCGCGUCUCCACCAUGGGCUCGUGGUAUGCGAGCAUGCCCUUUGGCGAUCCCAAGAAGCUGCGCCAGACCAAGGGCAGGAUCGAGGAGAUGAUGAUGGAGUCCAUUGCCAAGGCUUCGCGCGGCCAGGAGGACCUUGAGCUCCAGGACGCUGCGCUCAAGGCGGAAAACGUAGUCGACUACUUCCUUCGCGCAACCGACAACAAGGGCAACAAGUUGCCACCGGCACAGUUCGCUCCCGCACUACUAGUGGCCACCGGCGCCGGCUUCACCACCACAUCCUCACUCCUCUCCUGGCUCAUCUACAGCCUUGUGCAGUACCCGGGAAACCAGGAGCGUCUGCUACAAGAGCUCAUCGACCACGACUGGGACGAGGACACGCAAGUGACGGCCGAUCUCACCAACAGCCUCUCCUUCCUCGACAAGUUCAUCAAGGAGACGCAGCGCCGGCACAACCCGUCGUACCAACCCGGGCGCACCGCCAAGAUCGACAUGAUCCUCCCCGGCGGCUACAAGCUGCCCAAGGGCUCCGUGGUCAUCCCCGCCCUGCACCACAUGCACAACAACGACAAGGUCUGGGACAACCCGGCGCGCUUCGACCCGGACCGCUGGGACACCGAGCAGGUCAAGAACCGGCCGCCCGGCUCGUACGUCCCCUUCGCAGCGGGGCCACGCAUGUGCGUCGGCUUCAACUUUGCCCUCCAGGAGAUCAAGGUGUUCUUGCCCAAGCUCGUUUACAGGUACAAGUUUACGCUCGCCCAGGAUGGGCCCAUCGAGUACGACCCCUACUUCCAGCUCAUCAGGCCCAACAACCUAUACGUGCGGGCGGAGAGGAGGGUCAAGUGGCCGCCAAAGUCGGAGUAG